UCCUGACCUCUACUGCAAAUGUAAACUGUACUAGGCGCCCUGACUUCAAACAUGAAGCUCUUCUUCAUCCUUUUGUUCCAUUCAUGUAUCCCGACAAUUACGUCAUGUAAUGGAUCUUCUAAUUCAAAUUUAAAUAUGUCGUAUGAAAAGAAGAUUAUUUUGGAUUUAUUGGCAAAUUACAAACUUGUAGGACUCAAUGGGCGACCUGUAAUUAAUGAUAGUACAGCUACAAUUGUAGAAUUAGGACUUGGAUUGGUACAAAUUGACCUUGAUGAAAAGAAUAGAGUACUGACUACCAGUAUGUGGGUUAAGCACAAAUGGCAAGAUGAAUAUCUUAGAUGGUCCCCAGAAGACUAUGGAGGUUUAGUUAAAAUAAGAAUAAAUCCAAAGUUUGUAUGGAAACCAGAUAUAAUGCUCUAUAAUACAGCUGCAGUAAAAAUUGACGAAAGAGAAGCUUUAAUGGUUGUCACACAUACUGGGAAAGUUCAAUGGCUGCCUCAUCAAAUUUUUAAAUCGUCCUGCUCAGUUGAUGUUCGAUCUUUUCCUUUUGACGAACAACACUGUCAAUUAUGGUUUGGCUCUUGGACAUACUUUAACAGUGAAAUUGACGCUCGUUUAUUUAAGAAGGCGAAAGGAAUUGACCUAAGGGCCUUUCAAACCGAUUAUAAAGAGAGUUGUCCGUGGGAGAUUGCUAAUACAACAGCGAAAAAAUUGUUUUUUCCCUCUCAAAAAGAUGCUUUUGGAGUGUUAACGUUUUCAUUAAGCUUGAAGAGGAAAUUUGUGUUUACAUCCUAUGUUCUAACGUUGCCUUGCGUAUUUUUGGCGGCCCUUUCUUUAUUAGUUUUCCUCCUACCACCAGAUAGACCAGAUAGAACAUCAUUAGCUAUGUCUACUUUUUCUUCAUUCUUAGUUCUACUACUAAUACUAGUAGAAGCUGCACCACCAACUGCCUCCAACAUACCACUAUUAGGUAAGUUAUCAAUAACAAGAUAUAAAGAUUUACAGCAUACUAUACAUACGAUACACAGUUGGCAAAAAAUUAUAGAUACUCUGAAUUGCGUGUAGAAUGGUUGUUUCUAUUAUUACAGGAGAUGGCAUAAUAAUUAUCUAUUAUUUACAGUAAAUCUCUAUUGCAUGAAAAAUAAAUUCCUAUGAUGCUUAUAAAGUUUUAAUCAACAUUCUUAUAUAAAAAUGUGGAAAAAAU